GUAUAAAACCUGAUCGAUGUGAAAGUGCUCACAGUACUGGUCCGAGCUCCUAGCCUGUGCGCACUUUGUGAGGAUACGAAAGGAUUACUAACAAAGGACAAUGAAUAUCAUCAUUACUAUAGCGGCGGCUAUAUGCCUGGCUGCUUACGUACAAGCUUCAGCGCCUUCCUACUACUCUCCUGGCUACUACCCAAACCUGGGAAACGCUCACUCGAACACCUACGGUAACAAAGGAUACGGAGACAAUUACGGAAAGCAUUACGGUGGCGCGUACAAGAAGGGAUACGACAAGUACGGAAAACUGUACGGCCAUGAUGGAUACCAGCAGAACAACCACUACAAGAGCAACUUCGGAUACAUAAACAAGGGACUGUACGAUAACCACAACUACAUUAACAACAAGAAAGUCUACAACAAGGGCAAACGCUACGGCUACAAGGACGGAUUCUCCUAUUACAAGCCGCACGCCACGUACGCUUACGGAAACUACAACCCCUACUACCCUACUCUCGGAGGAGGAGGCCAUGGAGGCGGUGGAUACGGAGGAGGAGGCCAUGGAGGCGGUGGAUACGGAGGAGGACAUGGAGGCGGUGGAUACGGAGGUGGUGGUUACGGAGGCGGCGGAUACGGAGGCGGUGGAUACGGAGGCGGUGGUUACGGAGGCGGUGGUUACGGAGGCGGUGGUUACGGAGGCGGUGGUUACGGAGGCGGCGGAUACGGAGGAGGAGGAUAUGGGGGAGGAGGAUAUGGGGGAGGAGGAUACGGAGGAGGAGGACGAGGAGGCGGAUAUUGAAGAGGAGGAUAUGGGCAUUAGCCUUACGCAUGUCUAUAAGGCGCACGUGUGAUAUUCAGCCUUCGUUCUCUCGCUGGGAUAAUCAUCUUCAGCAUAAACCUUUGUCGUCGAAUUUUGCCCUAGGAGUAGGAGACACACGUGGAUGUAGGGGGCUGGCGGCUUAAUCGCCAACGCUUGCCCUGCUGUACUAAAACUACUGUCUGUCGUGUCAGAGCGCUAGCUAGCUUUAAACGCUUCCUCAUACCGCAUUGCAGAGGGUCCCUGUACGCUAAUCAUAACGAUGUUCAUUAAUAUUUAUCUACUUUUCAUUACCAUAACAUAGACAUACUUCUUGUUAUUAUUAACAUUUGUUGUUGAAGGCACACUUAACCUCCGUACGACAUUGAGUAAUAUCUAUGGGCCUGUCUUGCGCUCAAUAUUCCACUUUAUCUCAUUUUCUGAUAGCGAUGAAUGGAAACAGGUUGACUGUUGCAUUGUUUGUAUAUAAUUCUUGUUAAAAUAUACAUUGUUAUUUAAAAAUA